CGAUCGUGUGACAAAUAGUGAAGUACCCGGAUACAUGUAAUUUUGCAUGUUGGAUUGUGAAACGAAAGGCAGAUUAUUUUAUAUUCGGAUUGGUUUCCGAUGCAUGAAGAGCCUGUUCCAUGAGAGUGCUAGAGGGUGAGAUCACAGUCUCCUACAGCAUGGGCAAGAAAAACAAGCACAAGCUGCAGAAACACCGCGAUAAUGAGAUCUCGGACUCUUCGGAGGAUGUCAAUGCUAAAGGAUGUGCCCAUGUUAGCAAAGCAAUCAACUUUGGAGCCAUGAAGAAGGGCCUUGCCAAGCAGACUCUCGGAGAAUGUGCUAGCUGUGCUAAGAAAGGAGAGUCCACGUCACUGAUUGACCGUCUAGAGGGCGCCACCAGUGAGGACUUCUCGGAGCCUGGCGACGCCUCCCUAUGGGUGUGUCUGCAGUGCGGACACCAGGGUUGCGGCAGACUGAGUCCAGAGAAGCACGCAUUGAAGCACCAUGAGACACCACGCUCCUCCCUGCAUAACAUUGUCAUCAACACUUCCAACUGGCUUGUCUGGUGUUAUGACUGUGACUGUGAGAUCCCUGCCAGUAAGAGCAAGAAGGUGGCCGAGUGUCUGGAGUACCUACAGAAGCAGGUGGCCAGCCUGACUGGGGAAUCAGCACAGGGUCGCGCAGGCUCUAGCAACAAUCAGCCUGGUAACGGUGGUGUGCUGGACACCAACAAGUCCCGGGCCCUCAUCACAGGUCGACCUCCCAUGGGUGGAGGCUGCUCCAAGGUCAAGGGACUGAGUAACCUGGGCAACACUUGCUUCUUCAAUGCUGUUAUGCAGAACCUGGUUCAGACCCACAGCCUGGAGUGGCUGCUCCAUGAGCGCAGGAAGGGCACCUGCCAGGUCCUGACCGCCCACCUGGACACCUCACCUGACACCAGCGACGAGGAGGGGGAGAAACACGGCCAACAUGCCUCCAAGGAACUGGGUGGUAUAGAGAUAACUCUGGGCGAGGCAGGGGCCCUCACCAACUCUCUGGUCGUGUUCCUGCAGGAGGUCAACUCCACCUCCAAGUCUGGCUGCAUCAACCCCAGCGGGCUCUUCAGUCAGAUAUGCAAGAAGGCGUCUCGUUUCCGUGGCAUGCAGCAGCAGGACAGUCAGGAACUGCUUAGAUAUCUCCUGGACAACAUGAAGACAGAGGAGAUCAAGAGGGGACAAGCUGGAAUUUUGAAACACUUCAAACUGUCUGAGCAUACAAAGCCAAAGUGUGUGGAUGAGGAAACAAAGUAUAAAGUUAAAACUUAUGGCCAGGAGGCCAAGCACACGUUUGUGGACUGCUUGUUUGGAGGUCAGCUGAUCAGCACCGUGAUAUGUGAGGAGUGCAAAUAUAUCUCUCAGAUACUGGAGCCAUUCCUGGACCUAUCGCUGCCUGUUAUGGAGGAAAAGCCCCAGAGACCCAACAUGUCUCACAAGGGCGUCUCUAAGGAGUCUGACCCCGGCGACCUUGACCUUGUGAAGCCCCCUGUUGCCAAGGAAGAUGUUGGGCCAUCAAAACACAUGAGCAAAAAAGCCAAGAAGAAUAAGAAGAGGGAUGCAAGGCGGCACAGUGGCCAUGGGAAGGGCAAGGGGGCAGGAGGGUCCAACAAGGAGGGGGAGGAGGAGAAGGGGGAGGAGCCGGGAAAGGAAGGGGAGGAGCAUCAAGAGGAAGACUCUGAUGCUGACAUUGAGGACAACCUGGAGAGUGACACCUCCAAGUGUUACACCAAGAGUGCCAGUGACUCCAUCAGCCCAGAUGAGCAGGGUACCGGACAACUGCCUCAUGAGCAGGGAAACGGACAACUACCUCAGAAAUCGGAGCAAGGAACUGGACAACAUGAACAGGAUAUGGGACUACAGUCUCACAAAGAUGAACAGGGAACCGGACAACUGCCUCACAACUCAAACAACGACACAGAGCUCCAGGGAAACAGGCUAUUACCUCUACAGACACAAAAUCAUAAGCUGGAAACCAUGCCUCAUAAUAACACAGAUCGUAUGCAGGAAACUAGUCAUAAAAAUGGACAAGGAACCAAGGCCUCUCGUGUUGAUAAAAGAGAUCUAAUGCAGGGAACCAAUAAUGAAAAUCAUGAAGAAUCCGAUGAAUCCAUAGAUGUCAUAUCAGAUGACAGUGAAGCUGGGAUAGACGCUGGGUUAGUUAUGGGUCAGUUGGACAGCACAUGUUCUAGAACAUUAUCAGGAUAUUCUAGUCUGCAUGUUGCAAGUAGUAAUGGUUUACCUGAGAAUACACAGCAAAAACAGUUAUCUUUUAUGUCUUCCAAUAUUGCUGACUGUAAAAAUGGCUUCUCUUGUGCUAAUAAAGAGUGCAUAAAAAAUGAAGCAGGAACCCAUGUAACCAAUCACAACUGUAAUGUUACGGAUAGCAAAUGUUUAUCAAGUAGUAGUAUGAUAGUAGAGAAUUCUAGCAGCAAACCAACUGGUAUUUCUUGUGUAGCCAAUAUAGAGGAAACUGAUACAAUCUCUGAAGAAUACGUAGUGAAUUACACAUUCUCUAAUGGACAGCUGUCUGAGACCACUGAGUCCGGGCAAUUAAAAUCCCAAAGCUCCAUUGAGACCAGUUAUACAUUCCACUGCGGUCAAGUAGGCGAUAGCGGAGCUGAAGUGGAAACCGGUAAACGUCUAGGUAACGGUGAAAACUUGUUUGGGGCUGGUAAGGUUGAAGGCAGCAAAGUGUGUGCUAGUCCAAUGAUGAAUGGUGAUCUUGGUCUUGUAAAUGGUGAACUGGAGAAUGGGGAGGUGUUGUCUGAGGGCGAGAGCAUUACCUGUAGAGGGCAGGGUGUGGGUGAGACAGAGAUGGGAGACAGUGUUGGCAGCAGCACACUAGAGCUGCAUACAGAGGCCUCGUCUGAUAUCAGCACACUGACCUCUGACGUCAGUGCCAUUAGCAUCACCGACCUCCCUGACAUAGUCAUCCGUGGUAGUGACAGUGUUGAUGUAACUGUAGAUAUCGGUGUCACGCCUGCUGAUGACGAUGUGUUAUCGAAUGAACUGAGCAAUUUGAGUUUGAAGCUUGAGAGGUUAGACAGUGAUGGGAAAAUGUCGCCAAGGACGCUUGAUGAGGAUCGGUUAGCCUGUGGCGGCGUGAACAAGGGAGGUAACUGUGUAACGGGCGGGCAACACCGAGAGAGAGACGGACACAACGGACAGUCCCGCUCUGGUGGCAAUGUGUCCAAGCAGCUGGACUUGAAGCAGCUGUACCAGGAGGGAAAGAAGAAGUCUGUCAAUUCUCUCGCAGAAAGGUACCAUGUGUCGUCGGGGGAGUGUUCCAUCCAGUCCUGUCUGAACCAGUUCACUGCAGCGGAGCUCCUCACUGGGCACAACAAGUUUGGAUGUAAAAACUGCACAAAACUCAAGUUUGGCAACAAAAACAGCAAAAGCAACCAAAAGAAAGAGGAGACGGUGUACUCCAAUGCCAACAAGCAGUACCUGAUCUUCCAGACACCUGCUGUGCUCACCCUGCAUCUCAAACGCUUUGAACAGGUAGGGUUCAGCUCCAGGAAAGUGAACAGACACGUUGAUUUCCCAUUUCUACUGGACAUUGCUCCAUACUGCAGUCAUGUCACACAGGGCAUCAAGACGGGUCAGAAGAAGGUCCUCUACUCCCUGUACGGUGUGGUUGAACACAGCGGGCGCCUCAAUGCGGGCCACUACACGGCUUACGUCAAGGUGCGCCCGAACAUUGGCACCCUCAACAACUUCCUCAACAAGCACAAUGUGUCCCUGAAGGAGUAUCUCUCUAAGUACGCGGAGAUGGUCAGGAACGGGGCAGAGCAAGAGGAGGACGUGGGUGCAAGCAUCAACACAGAGGCCCUGGUGCCGCCUGGGCGCUGGUACCACAUCAGUGACGCGAGGGUCAACGAGGUCACAGAGGCGACGGUGGAACGUGCCCAGGCUUAUCUGCUGUUCUAUGAACGCAUUUAUUGAUGUGUGGGAUAUACUGAAUAUGUGCUUAUGGAAAGGACUGUUGAAAAGAUAAUUGACAAUGGUAAAAUAGUGCAGUUUUCUAAUUUGUCAUUUUUAUCAUACAAUGUAUUCAAAUAUUAUAUAGUUAAAUUUAAACAUAAAUUAUGGUUUAUCUUUUUAAGUCUAUCACAUUGUUACUUGUUUAUAGAUAGGGGCUUGUUGUUAACUGAAAUAGGUUUUGUUUAAGAUGCAUGUUAUUGUUUUAAGUAAUUUUCAUAGUAAUUUAUGUAACUAUGAUUUACCAAAGUAAUAUACCAAAGCUUGGCUUGAAAGUUAGUGACAUUAUUCUUUGAUGUCUCUAAAAAUUGUUAUAAAUUUGGUAAUUUAUGAAAGCAUGGUUUUUGAACACAUUGACAAUCAUCAUCUGUAAGUACAAUUUAAUCUUUCUAGGGCUUAUUCUUCCUUUCCCCCCCCCAAAAAAAAAAACAAUUUCUACAAAAUAGCAACUUUGGCUAAAGACAUUAGCAUCUGGCUGCAAAUGUUUCCUCAUAAAAACCCGUGAAACAGAUAACAUUUUAACAAUGUUUGUGUUCUGCGGUAAAUUUGGCUAAAUAAAAUUUUAAGCCAAGUGGGGCC